AUGAGAGACAACGCGUGGGAAACGGAAGAUGAGUAUGCAGCAGCAGCUCAAUACCAUCUUCCUCCUCCAAACGAUACGCCUUACAGGACCCCAUCCCCAUCAAUCCGCUCAAACCGCUCCAGACACUCAUCAAGACGUUCGUCGCGACAUAAAUCAGUCUCUCCGGGACCGUCUUCUUCACCACCACCACUACCAAUGGGAGAAAAGCGCAAGAGUGGUUCUCUUGAUGUAACCAAUGAUGAAUCUAUUUCGAUCCUCGAUCCACGACGAUUUACACCGACGUUACAUGCCAAUUUGGUUGCCGAAAUUUUAACCUUGCGUAGAGACCAAGAAGAGAAACUCAGGACCAUUGAAAGCUUGGAAGAAGCACUUCAUGAUACUCGUGGAGAACAUGAAUCUCUGGAAGACCGUCUUGCAGCCAUUGCAAAAGAAAAUCGUUCUUUGAAGCGUCAAUUGUCUUUGCUGGAAGGCGGAACCUCGUCCGCUUUAUCUGAAUUGGCAAAGGAGCGAGAUGAAGCAGUCGAAACUACUACAGAGAUGCGUCGUCGGUUGGAGACUGUUCAGAAGAAACUCAAAAGUCGAAAUGAAAAUGCUGAUCGCGUACAAAAUCUUUGGGAAAAUGACAAGGACAAUUGGGACGAAGAGAGGAGAAAACUGGAAGUAAAGAUUCAGGUUUCCGAAAACAGAUUGAAGACAGUCUUGGAUGAAGUUACCGCUUAUGAAGCCAGUCGUUCAAAGAAUCAACCACAAAGACAUGACACGGAAGAUAAAGACAAUGACAAUGAGAGCGAUGGUGUUAGCGUACGGACAAUGAGUCUAACCAACAGUAUACGUUUCUCGAUGCUCAACGGACCGAAUGGAUAUGGAGUCACCAAAGGGAAUGGCCUCAGUUUGGCUGAUGAAUUAGAUCUCGACGACGAUGAUUCCGAUUAUGGAGGUGGGCGUGACAGUGUUGCGUCAUCCCCGGAGAAGCAUCAACGCAAUCAAAGUCGUGAAAGUAUCCUAUUUCGCACCCACCGUAGGAACCAGAGUGGCGACAGUAUGAAGCGACCUGGAAGUGUUACCCUAGGUAGAUCAUUCCUCAACCAAACCGUCUUGGAAAGAUUGGAAGGAGGUAUUUCAGAGGAGGACGAGAUUGCACCUGAACCUAAGUUCAAAUACGUCGACACUGGAAUUCAGUACUCCCCUCCACCAUCUCCAAAAUUGUCAGCAGUAAUCGAGAUAAUUUCCGUUGUCGAACCGGCAGCGUUAGUCGAGAUGGACACCCCCAAAAGCCUUGAGGAACAACCUUCAUUCGAAACAUCGGUUAAAGAAUGGGAGGUUGAGGCGAAUCAACGAAGAAAGCGUGUAUAUUCGAAUCCUCCUUUGGUCAUCGAGCCUCAAAAGAUCUCUCCUAUGGUAUCUGCAGCGUCACAGACACUUGAUGAUCCUCCCAGCCCCCCACGAACACCAGUUUCCCCAACUACAGCUCCACCACCACUGCCUUCUCAAUUCACGCCCAUUGAAGAGAAAUCCAAGAUGACCUCAAGUUCUACACAGACAGACACUCAAACCGAAACUCCCAAUACAUCACCAAAAUCCCCAAAGCGUGUCCCACCUCCCAUACCUAUUCCAUCUAUUCAAUUGCACCCACCUUCCUCGGGCCCGGCAACUCCCCGUGAGUCUUUGUUGCCACAACUCUCAAAAGAUGUAGGCUGCCAAGUUUCAAUCUCAAGGCCUAUUCCAACAAGAUCGAUGGCUGUACAAACGGAAGAGAUCAGAGUAGCUCAACGCCUAAAUACUCUUCCGCUUCAUCUUCACCCCUCGGCGAUAUCUUCUAGCCCUCCGUCACCAGAGCUAAAGGCCAAUGAUCUCCAAUUCUCACCCAUUCCAGACAAUCUUCCUCCUAAGAACCCGCGUCGCCAAAGCAGCCAACGAAGCAUAACAACGCUCCCAUCAUCGCCACCUACAAUGAAGACAAGAGAUGCCUAUCCAGGUAAUAACGAUGAUGGGCCCCUGGCGAACGAUAAAGGACAGAUUAGAAGACCUCUUCGCAUCAGCAGUCUCUUUGCAGGCUUUGACGGUGUAAGUUCUGACGAAGGUGAUGAAUUCGGUGAGGGUGAUAUCAGCGACAACGAUUUCAGAACGCCACUUUCUGCUCCAAAACCAACGCAGAAGGAUAGCAAACGAAUGUUUCAAGUGUCAAGAUCAGUUCCUCAAAAGAUCGAAACCCCUAAUAUCUCCGCCACUCAGAUACUCCCCAAAGCAGAAAAUGAAGCAGAUGAUCAAUUUGAUGAAGAAGCAUUGGAGCUGCCCACUAGGACAACCACCAAAUCUGCUCGAGUUCUUGGUCAAUCUUUACCGAUUAUUUCAAUGGCCAAACCAGCUCAAAUGCAUCGUGCAGCUCUCAUACAAAGUGGCGUAAAUGCUCAUCGAAGCCGACCCGGCAGUUCUGGAUUGUCCGAAGAAAUUGCACCUCCGUUCCCCAUACCUACCAGAGCAAGCUCUCGAAGAUCUGGAGCCUCUUCCAGUGCCCCUAGCGAUGAUAAUCGAAGUCCCACCCACGGAGGAGGAUCAAGACCUUAUCGGGCAGGAAGUGUUGUUAGUCGAACUGGAAGUGUUAGGAAAGUUCGAUCUGCAGCUGCUAUUGCUAAAAGUAAGCGUGUUGCACGACGUUCUCAAAGCAGAUCACCGCCACCGAUGUCACCAAUAACUCUAGAGUCCGAAAGCCCUCGCCUGCCACCACUUCCGAGUAACGAUAUCACUGCACCGCGAUUCUCAAGAGAUAAUGGUAGUAGCCGUUACAGAAUGCACAGAGGUCAAUUAUCGGCAACCAAUACUGCUUUUACUUCAAACACUGCGGGAUCGUCGGCCAUUACUGAUAGCCAAAGCCCAAACCAAGCCACAACCGUGGUAGAUGCCAUUGCACAGACGAUGGUUGGAGAGUGGAUGUUUAAAUACGUUAGAAGACGCAAGUCUUUCGGAGUCUCGGAUCAAGAUGGAGACCAAACUACCAAUGGUGCUCGUCACAAACGUUGGGUUUGGCUCGCACCUUAUGAACGUGCAGUCAUGUGGAGCAGUAAACAACCCACUUCUGGAUCUGCACUGAUGGGCAAAACUGGCAGAAAGUUGACCAUUCAAUCCGUAUUGGACGUAAAAGAUGAUAAUGCACCACCGAAGGGAUCUGGAGGAGUUUUCAAUCGUUCGAUUCUCAUCCUCACUCCAGCGCGCGCUCUCAAGUUCACUGCUAUUUCACGAGAACGACAUUAUCUCUGGCUUACUGCUCUCUCCUUCCUCGCACAUUCAUCGCAGGCUGUACCUGAUGUUAUCACACCUCGUGCUGCACCAACCCUAUCUACCAAACCUCCUCCAAUACCCGACUCCCAAAAGCCCAAUCGCACACAAAAGACGCAUAAAAUACGAGACUCGAUAAAGGUUGCAAAGGGAAAGAAUGCUUUCAAUCGUACCGGCCCCGCAUCAGCUUAUUCAUCUUCUCAACAAACAGAUACAACCAUGAGCAUGCGCGACAAUGAAUCAUCUCACACGAAUUCACCCUCGGUACGCUCUGAUCCCGCGGAGGCACCUUUCGUACCCCGAUUCUCCGAAAGAGGUAUGGGAGGUCAUGUCAGGAAGCGCAGUAAUACCGGCUCACAUGUUCCACCUCCUCUGUCCUUCCGAGGUUUUAGCGCUGGUCAUGUACCUACCAGUAGUACUGCCGGUAUGAGUGAUAGAACAGCAGGCUCUUCCGAGAACCACAGCUCUUAUAAUUCUCAACCUUCCUCGGUAGCAGGAUACAACGGACCUAGCAGUCGAUCAUCUAUUCGUACAUCCGAUGCUAGUGCACGUCCAGGAGCUGUUGUUAAUAACUUUUUCGAUGCAGUAGGAACGAUGCGAAUGGAAGCUUUUAUUUCUCCCCUUGGUGUUACGAAGUUAGAUGAUUGCCCCGAUGAACAAGAUGAAAUGGAUAUGAUCAGUUUGCAGCGUCGACGCAGCAGAGAUGGAAGAAGAAGCAGCAGAAACAAGGAAUCUUUCGGUGUCAGUCGAGGUGGUUUUGGGGGUUUCGGCGGGAGAGCAAUUGAGGAUUGGUAUAGUGGAAGUAGAACUGCUGGAGAGGAAGAAUUUGGCCAGCGUGAUUUUGAAGAAAGAUCAGAGAAAUUUGGAAGAGAUUCUAGGGAAGAUCCUUUCAGCAACUUUUGA